AUGUGUGCAAUAUCAUUGAAUUCGAUUUUGAGUGGAUAUUUAUGGUUGAUCGGAGCUAAUUAUUGCACAAAUCCGAACCUCAUUUUUGUGACAGGAUCUAUAGCACUUGGCUUGUGGUGCUGUGCCUGUAUGAAUUGUCUGGUAUUAGUUAUCAAUAGAUUACUCGAUCUUUGGAGUCAAAUUGCUAUGGAAAAGCUGUUCAAAGGCAACCGUACAUAUUGCGUUCUGCUGAUUCCAUUUUUGUACAUGCUCUAUUUCACAUUUUUCACUCCUCCACUAAUAUUUAAUUCGGAUCGUAUGGCAUGGUUUUUCGCUACAUUCGCUGAUGGUCAUGACGCUGAAAAGGUGGUUUUUGUGGAACGUGAUACGGUGAUUUUGUUGCAUCCGAUUUAA